ACCAUAUAAACUCCAUGAAGCACUGGUAGGGAUAUUCCAAAGGACCUGAAGCAUCAUGGCUAUACUUUGGCUCUUGUCUUGCAUUGCCCUUAUUGGGAGCACCUAUGGCUGUGGUGUGCCAGCCAUUAAGCCUGUUAUUUCUGGAUAUGCCAGGAUUGUAAAUGGUGAGAAUGCAGUUUCUGGAUCCUGGCCAUGGCAGGUGUCUCUGCAGCAAUCCAAUGGAUUCCAUUUCUGUGGUGGCUCUCUGAUCAAUUCUCUGUGGGUUGUUACAGCUGCUCACUGCAGUGUCACCACAGCUCACCGUGUUGUUCUGGGUGUAUUUGACCGUUCUUCCACCUCUGAGGCCACUCAGACCAAGACAAUUGCCAGGGUUUUCAGACACCCCAGCUACAGCUCCAUUACCAUCAACAAUGACAUCACCCUGAUAAAACUCUCCAGUGCUGUUACUCUGAACAAUCGUGUGUCUCCCGUCUGUCUUGCAGUUACCAAUGAUGUUUUCAAUGGUGGCGAGAGAUGUGUCACCACUGGUUGGGGAUAUGUUGAUGCUUCAUCACGUCUUACUCCAAACAAACUGCAGCAGGUGGCUCUUCCUCUUCUGACCACUUCUGACUGCCAGAGAUACUGGGGAAGCAAUAUCCUGAGCACCAUGAUCUGUGCUGGAGCAUCUGGAGCCUCCUCCUGCAUGGGUGACUCUGGUGGACCUCUUGUAUGCCAGAGGAAUGGAGCUUGGACCUUGGCUGGUAUUGUGUCCUGGGGAAGUUCCACCUGCUCUACAUCAAGCCCAGCAGUCUAUUCCCGUGUCACUGCUCUUAGAUCCUGGUUGGAUCAGACUGUAGCUGCUAAUUAAAUGUACCAUACAUAUAUUUACAUCAUGUAAAUAAACUUAUUUCUUGAA